AUGGCAACGUAUUCGCCUCCAAACACUGGUUAUUAUGACCCUAACUCAAACGGUUCUUCCAAUAAACCGACCGUGGUUAAACUUGACAAACCUGCAGUUCACUCGACCAUGGCUGAACUUAACAAACCUGCAGUUCACCCGACCAUGGUUGAAUUUAACAAACCUGCAGCAGUUCACCCGACCAUGGUUGAAUUUAACAAACCUGUAGUUCAUCCGACCAAUCCGCAGGCGACGGUUGUUCCUGUAUAUAACAAUUUCCCAGGCGCUAAUUCCCAGGCGGUUGAUCCUGUAUAUAACAAUUUUCUCCCAGGCGCUAAUUCCCAGGCGGUUGAUCCUGCAACGGGAAUACCAUACAUGGUUGUAACAACGCGAAGAGAAGGAUGCACAUGCAGUUGGGAAAUGGCUGUCUCAAUAGCUGCUAUUCUGCUAAUUUUGGUCGGAAGUGUACUGUUGGGCGUUGGACUAUCAAAUUGCGCUUACUAUUGUUAUCUGGAAGAUUAUAACAUGUAUUGUUCUGGUAUUGCGCUUUUGUGUAUAGGAAUUGUUAUGGGUAUAAGUGUCAUAGUUGCAUUUUUGGUUCGUCGCAAUCGGGUAACCACCACAACUAUGCAGCCGUUUCGACAAUAUCAACCAUAG